AUGGAGAGUUUUUACAAUGAAAGCCGAAACCAAAAUCACCUGGACCGGCACCAGGUGGUCACAGCUGGAGCGGACAGCUCCGGGCCGGGCGGAGGGGUCAGUCUCCGCGCGCUGACCGGCUGCGUCCUGUGCGUCCUGAUCGUCUCCACCCUGCUGGGCAACACCCUGGUGUGCGCCGCGGUCAUCAAGUUCCGCCACCUGCGCUCCAAAGUCACCAACUCCUUCGUCAUCUCCCUGGCGGUGUCCGACCUGUUCGUGGCGGUGCUCGUGAUGCCCUGGAGGGCGGUGUCCGAGGUCGCCGGGAUCUGGCUGUUCGGCCGCUUCUGCGACACCUGGGUGGCCUUCGACAUCAUGUGCUCCACCGCCUCCAUCCUCAACCUGUGCAUCAUCAGCAUGGACCGCUACUGGGCCAUCUCCAGCCCCUUCAGGUACGAGCGCAAGAUGACGCGCAGGUUUGCCUUCCUGAUGAUCGGGGUGGCGUGGACCCUCUCCAUCCUCAUCUCCUUCAUCCCCGUGCAGCUCAACUGGCACCGCGCGCACAACUCCACAGCGGACAACCCGGACGACUGCAACGCCAGCCUGAACCGGACUUACGCCAUCUCCUCGUCCCUCAUAAGCUUCUACAUCCCCGUGGUGAUCAUGGUGGGCACGUAUACGCGCAUUUUCCGCAUCGCGCAGACCCAAAUCAGGCGCAUCUCGUCUCUGGAGAGGGCGGCGGGGCCCCGUGCGCAAAACCAGCGCCACCGCUCGUCGACGCACGACGAAAGCUCGCUGAAAACAUCUUUUAAGAGAGAAACGAAAGUGUUGAAGACUCUUUCCAUCAUCAUGGGGGUGUUUGUGUUCUGCUGGCUGCCGUUUUUUGUCCUGAACUGCGUGGUGCCUUUCUGCGACCUGGACCAGCUCGGAGAGCCGCCGUGCGUCAGCGACACCACCUUCAGCAUCUUCGUGUGGUUCGGCUGGGCGAACUCGUCCCUGAACCCGGUCAUCUACGCCUUCAACGCCGACUUCAGAAAGGCCUUCUCCACUAUCCUGGGCUGUAACAAGUACUGCUCCAGCUCUACGGUGGAGGCGGUGGACUUCAGCAACGAGCUGGUGUCCUAUCACCACGACACCACCAUGCAGAAGGAGGCCUGCGCCAUGCCGGGCCCCGGGCCGCAGAGGCUCCUGGUGCAGCCGCCUCCUCUGCUGCACACGGAGGGAGAUCUGGAGCGCAACUUUGACAAAGUUUCCGUCAUUUCAGAUGAUUCCCGCAACCACAGCAACUUACUGCUGCCCGCCAUCCUGCAGUAUGAGUGCGAGGCGGAGAUUUCUUUAGACAUGUUGCCCUUCAACUCCUCCGGACCUGCAGACUGUUAUGUUAUUCCGGGUCAAAUCCAGGACCCGUGAGCAACCUGAACCUCCAAAACAAUCCUCAGUUGGAUAUAUGUUGCCUGUUGCAGAGCCCCAGUUCAGUUCUGUGUCCUCUGGGCCUCCGUCCACACCAUGCACCAGGGAGCAGGGGUUCAGUGUGUGACCUUCCUGCAAGUGCAAAAAUGUAAACCAGUUUUCACCCUUUUUUUUGGCUUAUGACUUCUUAAAGGAAAGUGGUGGUUUUAUUACUAAAUAUGAUGUUUUUGUAAUCAAACUGUCCCAUUUAAAUGUGUCUAGAGACAAAAAUCAUAAAUAUGAGAAAAUGUAGAAACACUUGAAAGGUGUAACUAGCUACACUGUAAAAAAAAAAAAAAAAAUGUUGCUUUUACAGAAAAAAAAAGGCAGCUGUGGUUACCAGAAUAUUUCUGCAAAAAAUACAGUACAAAUGUAAACAACUUGUACAUUUUACUGGUAUUCAGUGUACAAUAAAUAAUAACUGAAUGUUAAUUUACUGGUAUUCAAUGCACAAUAAGCAAAAUCUGAAUGUAAAUUUUGCAUUAAUAAUUAGUAUAAAAGCAGCAGCAUCCUGUUAAAUUAGCAGUAAAGGACGCUAUAAUGUACAACUUU